UUGUGAGGGGCACAUUGUGGCCGCCGUCGACAUUGAACUCCUCCUGAGUCCAAAGGAGUUCCUCGCCAUUCCGGUGCGAGGGACGGGUGACGCGGACAUUGCGGCCUAGGCCACCAGCACCUAUCAUUGAGAGUUGAGGUGCACCACCAUACUUCUCAGCGAGAUACGCGGUCUCGAGGAUCGGGUUCUGUGCAACAGGCUGGAGCUUCUUGAGCUUGAGCUUGUGAAUGCCCUCUGCAGCAACAAAGGGAAUGAUAAGCAGGGGAGCAAGGCGAGAGAGAAACAUGGUGGUUGCGAGGCAGAGACGUCCAACCUGCACCGUUCUUAACUGCGGGGGUGAGGUGACGUUGGCUCUUCGCAUUUCGACUUCCGCCACCCAAAGAGGCAACUGAUUCCCAUUCUGGACGAUUCAGACUUGCACCAGCUCCCACAUGCAUGAGGCAAGCUCAUUUCAGGGUUCAGUGCUACCACUUGGCUAAAACCAACACCCAUGUUCGCGUCGUAUUGAAGGAAAUAUCGCACAGAACUAGCUUGAGCUUUCAUUCUCUCGUGCCAUGUCUGCUACCCGUCAAAGACGGACCAACGACGUCUCCGUAACGGAAUUAAGCAACUUGGAGCGCCUCAUUUUCUCUCAAGCUGUUCACGAAUUUGGCUCCAAUUCCUGGGUAAAUGUCGCGAAAUUGCUGUCCAAGCACCCGCUGCUUUCGCGUCCGAAACACUUCUUCACACCACAAUAACAUUGCACCCUAGUCGUGUAACCUCAUCUAUCGCCACCUCAUGGACUCUGCUGGAUUGAUUAGCUCCGAUUCCGAUUUACAUCCUCGUUCACCGGCGCAUUUGACACUGGCAAGGAAGCAUUACGAUGCUCGAAUCGUCGAGCUCCGCGGGCUGAUAGCUUCGGAGGAGCACAAAUUCAAGACCAUUGUGACAGAAAUCGAUGAAAUUCGCUCCGGAAAAUGGGACAACAAGAUCAUGGAGAAUCUAGGGAUCAAGCCCGUCAUGGAAGAGAAACCGCUAGUGAACGGUGAUUUGCAACAUGCGAAAGAGGUUGCUGGCGGACUGAGCCCCCAAGCAGCACUUGAAGCGAUCGUUGAGAAAACGCCAAGCCCAGUCCCAGAAAUACGGCCCUUUCAGGAACCUCCCACGGCGGAGCUGAAAGAGUCGCACACAGAGGUUGAAACUGUAAAAGGACCAAUAGCUGUAGAGGAGGCCGUACCUGAGACGCAAGAAGGCAUGAGCCCGAAGCCGACACGUGCUGAAUCCAUUCCGAUUGAACCUGAGGUAACACCAGAGGAAAGCGUACAACUCGAGGCAGAACCAGAACCCGCUCUGGAAGAGCAAGCGAUCGAGGAAACGGCUGCACCUCUAGAGGUUCAAGAAGAAGCCGAAGUCUCUGUCUCUGUGAAAGCCGAAUCACCGUUUGCCGUUGAGGUCUCCGAGCUACGUGAAGAGGGACCGGAAGUGAUCGAAGAGCCAGAGGCUGUAAUGGCUGAGGUUGUGAGCCCAGAGACUAUCGAACCUCUUGAGGCCGAGCUUCCUCGCGAUGGUAAGAGGAAAGCCGCUGAUUUGGAGGGGACUCCGGCAGCGGAAGGGCCGAGGAAACGCGCUCGCGAAGAGUCCGAAGCAACUGAAGGGGAAGAAGCAGGACCAAGUCCCGUCACGAAGCUGCGAAGGAAGAGCACUACUGAAGCCCCAGUUAUCUCCAAGAAGUUCCAGAACGUCAUCGGGAUGCUUCACAGUACGAUUUCUCAACAUCGCUAUGGCAAUAUCUUCCACAAUCCGAUCAAGAAAUCCGAAGCUCCAGACUAUCACGAUAUCGUGAAACGACCCAUGGAUUUGAAAACUAUCAAAUCUCGAAUCAAGGAUGGCCUAAUAUCGAAUUCUCUGGAAUUCCAACGGGACGUGUAUCUUAUGUUUGCCAAUGCAAUGAUGUAUAACCGACCUGGGUCGGAGAUCUACAACAUGGCUGAAGAGAUGAUGUUGGAGAGCGAAGCUCACAUCAAUACCUUUCGACAGACAGAGGGGUUCCAUCGUCUGUAGUAUCGUAAUAUUCUUGUUGUACAUUAAAUAAUGCUACAAAUACACACGUGUCGUGAGAAAUCCUAUCAUUCAAAACAUGAAAGCAC